AUGGGUGGGCGGGGGUGGUCCCCUGCUGCUCGAUGCUCUCCUUCGUCGACAGGGUCACCCACUGCAGCACGUGAGACCGAACAGCUGGAAGGAGGAAACCCUCCCUUUCCCCAAACUCAGCAAUGCUUGUUGGAUUCCACAGACACUGAUAUUAGCAAAUCUAUGCCUCAGCCAAGACAGGCACACAAAGACGUAGCCUCAACCUGCAGAGACCCAGUGGAGCCCUCUACCCAAAGGAGGGCCCACAGCAGCAACGCUCUAGAAAGUCCCCUAGCUAGGAGUGCCUUUAAUUCGUCUCCCGAUAAAAAAGAGACUGACGAUGCAAAUAUCUCCCGAGGGCGUAGUGCUCCACAGGCAGUUGGGAGCCUACUCAUGCGUCUUCAGCGCCGUAGCUCCAGCACUCGCACGUCAAACCCUUUGAGCUGGCGUCGUCUCAGGCAGCAAGCGGCAGUUGCACCAUCUGUUGUACGCAGUAGGAGCAGCAACUAUGCGUCGGGAGGUGCUUGGAAGUGGGACGGGAAUAUGUUGGUGCCAGGUGAUGACGCAAAGACGAGAGCCCUCAGACGGGAAGCUCUGGAGCGAGUAAGACAACGAGCACGAGAGGCUAGAGAGAAACAACGGCAGGACUCGCUGUUGCUUCAGCUGGAACAGGAGCAGCAGCAGCAACGCAGCCAAGAGUUAAGCCGGCAGCUUAUGCAACGCACCUUGCAACGGAUACGGGAAAACGCAGUGAAGCAAGAAGAACAGAGACAGGAACAGCUCAUACUGCAGCAAAAAAUGAUGCAACAGGCAGAAGAGAGAAAACAAUACUGCGCUCAGCACCGCAGAGCCCUGCAACAGAAGCUGAUACGGCAGCAGAGAGAAAUUAAAAACAAAAUACGCAUGCGCGCGGAGGAGAGCGUCAGGCAGUCGAGGGAAGCAAAGGCAAGGUCCCAUAGCGCGUUAGGAAUAGAACGCCCUUAG